AGUGAAACAAGAAGAUGUUGAGGAACAAACAGAGACGUGUGAAGACAUGAAAAUGUUGGAACUGAUUAAAGUGGAGUGUGAAGACCUGAGGACUGAAGAAGCAUUCAGAGUGAAAAAAGAAGAUACUGAGGAAUACACAGGCCUAAUGGCACUGAAAGAAGAGAGCGAAGAACUAGAUAAAAUGGAAGAAAAGGAUCUGUAUGAAAAACAUCAUGACUUCAUAACUAAAGAAAAAAACUUUAGUUACUCACAGACUGAAAAUACUUCUUCACAAAAAAAAGCUCAAAACACAGGAACUAGAAGUUAUUUCACUUGCCAACAGUGUGGAAAAAGUUUCACUCAAAAAGGAAACCUUAAUGUCCACAUGAGAGUGCAUACUGGAGAGAAACCUUACACAUGCCAACAGUGCGGAAACAGUUUUACACAUAAAGGAACCCUUAAUAGCCACAUAAGAAGUCACACUGGAGAGAGCCCUUACACCUGCAAACUGUGUGAGAAGAGUUUUUCACGAAAAGAAAGUCGUAAGAUUCACAUGAGAAUUCACACUGGAGAGAAACCACACACAUGUGAUCAGUGUGGAAAGAGUUUUACACAUAAAGGAACCCUUAAUGCCCACAUGAAAACUCACACUGGAGAGUGCCCUUACACCUGCAAACUGUGCGGGAAUAGCUUCUCACGAAAAGAAACUCUUAAGACUCACAUGAGAAUUCACACCGGAGAGAAACCACACACA